AUGCGAGAGAGAGAUUUUCACAAAAAGAAGGCCGUAAAAAAUAAUUCGAACAUGCACUGGAUCAAGUUUAGAGCAAUUAGGAAUAAAGUCAAUUCUGAAUUAAAGAAGGCUAAAAAGAACUACUUUUGCAAUAAAAUCAAAGAUUGUGUCAGGGUAAAGGACCCUAAGCAAAGUUGGAAAUUAAUAAACAAUCUUUUAGGCAAAAAUAAUAAAUCAAAUAAUAUUUCUCAACUUAAAGUUGAAGACGUUAUUAUUUCUGACGACAUAAAGAUAGCCGAGUCCUUUAAUGAUUUUUUUGUGAAUAUCGGAGCUAAACUAGCUAACGAAAUCGAGAUCAAUUCCACUGAUUUCACUUCAUUACAAAGUGUUCCUUCUAGGCCAGAUAUUCAGUUUAAGUUCUCUGAAAUAAGUACACACGAAGUGUGUCUUCAAUUACGCAAUCUUAAAACAUCAAAAUCAACAG